GCGCUUUUCGACGUUCAUGACAAAGAAGCGGAAGCGCGCGAAUGCGUCAGGCAUUGUCGCGGCGUGGGAGCUCUUCUGGGACGCAAUCGAGGACGUGUCAAUGGAAGUCCCAGACCCGGACCAUCUCAUCUCGAUGUUCAAGGCGGAGCCGAGAGACCAGGACGUUGUCGUUGUUGAACGCGCAUUGAGCAUGCAACCAGUUGACACUGUCCUCCACGACCUCGAGGCGCUGUUUUCUGAUACGUUGGAGCUUCAACGCAUGCUUACGUCUUUCUCAGAGAAGGACAGCUUUAUGCGCAUCCUGUUGCGCAAUGAAACGAUCCAAACGCCGUUGGUGAACCUUUUGAUGGAACUCUUGAGCGAGCUCGCGCAGAAGGCGUCCGAAGAAGUUGUCGGCGCUGGUGCAAGCAUCACGAACAGCGUCAUGCCUUCAUCUGGAUUGUGCAGUCUCAUUCUACGGCACAUUCGGUGGAUCGAAUGCGUAUUCGACCCUUCCGCAUUGACCGAGAAGUUGUUGACGUCGUUGAGCACGUAUCCCUUGUUUCUGCAGAAAGACAUCAUUCAUAUCCUUCCCGAACUCGUUUCCGACCGUGACUUUCAACUCGCCGUGGACACGUUGCUGGAAACGAUCGGCAGUGAGAACGAACUAGUUGUACCCGCGAUUGAAGCGCUGUCGAAUUUCAACAUGCCCGCGGAAAUUUCUGACGAAGUCACGAGCUGCAUUCUCGGUCGCUUGACGUCUUCGUCGCUCGAGGAUAUGCCUGCGCUCCUCCGCUUCCUCGUCCAAACAAUGACAGAGUCGACCGCGUCGUCGAUGCUGAACACGAUUCGUGAAAAAGUUAGCGAUUGCAUCAAGGCAUCGUCGGACGCGAGGAUGGAUUCAUCUCAGGAUGAAUCGUUUCUGCUCCAGCAAUUCGUGCAUGGCAUGAUUUAUCGCACCGACCUCCUCGACCAUUUCUUAAAACUUUUGGCCAAGACAUCGACAGGCAACGGGUACAUCAUGGACGUGUGGUGCCUUGUGGGGUUCCACAGCUCCCUGGCCGGACCGAUGAAGGCCAAGAUCGAAGCCAUCUUCGUCAAGAAGGUCGCCCAGGGAAACUUCUCCAGGGAGGUGUUAGUUGAGUCGCUGGGACAUCACCUUCGCGGCCUCACGCCGUAUCUGAGUUCGGUCGUACUCGUUACUGGCGCGCUGCUCCAAAGUCCCGACGUGACGGAUCAAGGCAGGUUUGUCUUUUCGCUUCUUUUCAACGAGCUUUCGAAAGCUCGUGAGCCACUGUACGAGUUCCAAACGCAGAUCAUAUCGGACUUGGUGGACUUCGCCAUGUCGAGCGUCACGUCCACCGUUGACAGCGCGCUGGCGACGCUCCUGGCCAUUGCAACGCAUGAGCCCCAGCGUUUGGACAAGUACCUUUCGUUGCUGAAGCACUUGCUCGACUGCAUCGAACGGUUCAAUGUCGACCAAUGUCGCCAGGUGUAUCAGUUGCUUUACCGCGUUGGCGGGAGCGGCAACGCCGACUUGUCCAUCACGGUGCGUAAGCAACUGUACCACCUGGACAACCAGUACCGAAAACUCGGUAUGAUCGGGUACGUGUGCUGUAUCGAGGCCGAGGUGGACGCGAUGGGUGAUGACGGCACGCCUGGCCUGGACGAAAGCGAAGUGAACCCAGCGCGCGAUCAGUUUGAAAAGAAGAUCCGCGACCGCCUCGACAUUCUCCGCGAUGCGUGUCGAAAACAAGCAAAGGCGCUGUCGUUCAUGUAUGCCGAGCUCAACCACUUCGUGAACCGCAUGGACAGUCGGCGCCACCCAAAUGUUGUCGCGAUUUUCGAUGAAAAAUUCUCGGAAGUUCUCAUGAAUGAGUUCUUGCCCAUCUUCGACGCACGCAUCCACCAGCAAGGCGGGUACAAGCGACCGGUCUUCAACGGUGCCUUCCACUGCGACCAAUGGGCCAUAACUCGCAUGAACUCGCCAGUGUUCCUUCAAAUCAUGACAUUGGUGGCAUCCCAAGACACGAUGGAGCGUCCUUUGUACCUGUACAGCUUGCUCAAUCUCGUGGUAUCAUGCUAUAAACAGUCCGACACACUCGAGAAUAUCGGAACCGUCCUCAUUUGCCCGAUUUUGCUCAUGGAGAAAAAUGCGAUCGCGAACCUCGGCACGAUGGAGAAAGACGCUCAGGACGGGGUGUUCCUGGCCUUGUGGCAUGGCGUAAACUGGUGUCGAGAACUGUUGAACUGUUUUAGCUCGGACGUGUCGUUGGCCGGGAAGGUUUUGACACGGCUCGAGAACGCCGUGGAGUUGGAAUCAAUUUUGGAGGACGCCAUCAUGAACGCCCCGACGAGUGUGUGGCUUCCGCAAGGCAUCGAGAUUGUCACAGGCACGUGCACGACCGACGCCACGUUCGGCCGGCGACAGUCCAGCGAGUCGACCAAAAAGACCGAUCCCAAAAGCAAAGGCAAGGCUGCCACCCAUGUUCAACAGCGCCUCGCCACCAUUCGCAGCUCCUUCACGCCGUUGAAUUCCCGUGUCGUGGGCGUGCUGCCGCGCAUGAAAGACAGCAUCGACCCUCGGUCAUUUCACUUUUUGCUCGAUCAUUUUCUCCGCGUCCUGCGCAAAUCCCUCGUGAAAACGUACACAACCGCGCCGCAUUGGGCCGCCAAACACGCACCGGUGACCACCCAUUCAAACCCGUCGCUUCUCGUCCACAGCGGCUUCGUGGACCUUGCCCCUGGCUUUGCCAUGUUCGAGACUUACCUCAAAUUCCACUUGUUGAAUGUUGCUAACAACUUCCGAUGGGUACUGGAUGCGGUAGAACCGCCCCCGACACCAAUACUGCAUGCCUUGACAUCCAAGUACAUUCAAUCCAUCGUGGUCAUAGCAAAAGCCGACGCAGUGUUUGAGCAACAUAACCAGCAACGCCUCCAGCUGAUGGCACUGCAGCAGCUUAUCCUACCCGUCGAGCAGCACGUGCAAGUGGACGUUGUGGACCAGUCUGCAACGGUUCUCGGCGCCAUGUCGGACGCCUUGUUAAGCUUGCAGACCGUGCCAUGCAUGGACAUUGACAUCGCCGUGCAUCUUGUGACGGCGUUGGUGGCGCUGGAGCGCUUAAAGGUCAAGUGGAACGGCCUCCAGAACAAAGCAAUCUUGUUCUCACCGCCUCGUGGCCCCGUGUCGCCGCUGGCCGAGCUCGCGCUGGGGUAUCUUCGCCGGGACUGGUCGACGCAAGCCGCGGACAAGGCGUUUUCGUACAAGACGGCCGACUUGACGACACUUCUCGACACGUAUUUUGAGUUUUCACCGCAUCCGCUCGACAGUGUUCAGGACGUGGCGUGCUGCGGCUUUGUCAAUUUGCUCGAAAACUACAACGCGAACGUGUCGAACGAGUACUUUCCCACUCUGUCCAAGAAAACGAUGGGGGUGUUUGUCCGCGCGAGCAUUGAGACUGUCGUGCGCGCGACAUCGCGGCUCGACUACUCCGACGACGCGCCAUCCAAUCCAGCGCACCUGCUGCACUACUUGCACCAAGCGUCGCUCUUGUUCAAGCUCCUGGUUGGCCUCACGCGGAGCUUUCACACGAGCAUGGUACGUCGUCGGUGCAUCGUACUCCAACGGAUCGUCGUCGUCUAGGUGGUCGCUGCUGUGCUGAAGCAUGGAACUGGGUUCGUCCAGAACAUCCUGCGCGCGAUGCCGUACUUUGAACGUCACUUCGUCGGUCACUCGACGCGCAUUCUGGCGACUUUCAAGGAGGUCCAAGGGGGGACGAGGCGGCUCCAAGUGCUCUGUGCGCAUGGAAAGCUCAUCCAAGAUGCGUCUGCGGCCGCCCAAGUGCCCAAGCUGAAAAGGUUGUUGGAGCGACUCAUCUACGAAACGAGCAAACUCGCCCGGGAACACAACUUCAUGGACGCGUUCUCAACGGGGAUCCUAAAGCAGCGCAACUUGGACGGGUCUGCAGCCCAACCGGACGACGACGGCAGUUCUGACAACGAUGAGGAUGGGGACGAAACCGAGGCGGAAAACACCGAAAUCGACGAUGACGACGGCGAAGAAGAGUAAGGGGUAGCCGAGACGUACCAACUGACGAUGACGGCCAACGUUUUAACACAGAACGCAGCCUGCCCCCAGUUGGGUUGUCAUGGUUUAUCCAACACGCUUCGUUUGGGAGCCGUUGGUGUGUGUUCU